AUGCCCAAGCUUUCUGGAAAGCUCAUCCAAGAAGCGAAAAAUGGAAGUCCAUCUCGUCUUCGCGAACUUGCUUCCGCCCUCCAACCCAACAACUAUGUGGUAGACGCUCUCGAGGCCUGCACCGCCCCUUUGGUCCGGAACGACGGGCUAUCUCAUCUACCCUUAUCCAUGUCUGAGCUUGACCUUCGAAUUGCCGCACUUUCCUGUUUGAAUCGCGUAGCCGAGGUCUGUUCGCAAGGGGUUAAACGCCCACUCAAAGAAUCGACCAUCGCGCGACUUCUAGAGAUUAUGGGGGCACUGGUGGAGGGUAUAGUCGCGACUACGGUUGCCAUGCUCAAAGCAGGUGAUCCUGACCUUAAUGUCUUGGGCGACAUAGCGGAUUCAUUGACCGGGAUGCUAAGCCUGGAUCCCCGAUUGGAAACUAUCCUCCGCUCCUCAUCCGACAUAAUGAGGCUUACCUUGAUCAUCUGGAUCCCUCAUGCAACCACCGACGGCCGACUUAUGAUUGACCUCAACCACCAGGGCGUCAUGAAAUGGACGAUGAAACUCCUUGAGGGCCCGCACAACCUCUGGGACCCGAUUUUGGAUUCCAGGGUGAAGCUGAAGAUGUUCUGCAAUACCCUCCUCAUCCGCGUUGCACAGCUCGGUGGGUUGUGUCAGGACCCGCGCUUCUCGACGGACACAGUCGUCGACUAUGCGAAAACCAUUAUGAAGAUCACAGAACUCGUCCGUCGGAACCCAGCCAUCCUCGCACGCCUUCGGAAAGAAGGGUAUCUUCGCAGCUGGACGCGAACCAUCGUGGCCCUGUACCCCCGCUUUAAGCGACACGAGAUGAUGCUUCCCUUGGUUCGGUCCCAGCUGAACAACAUCUGCGCGCCGUACAGCCCGCCUUUGAAGAAUCUGGCAGAGGCUCUCUCAGGGGGCUUGAUGGCCGUCGUCUUGGAUCUGCUACGACAGACACCUGUACCCCCGAGAGGCAGUAGGGAGAAGAGACAUGGUCACAAUCUGUAUAACCUAUUCCUCCCCUACGUGUGGUACCCUCGGGGUCUCCUAACCCUCGGCCAUUCGCUCGGGAAAACGCCAAACAUAGGCACCAUUGAAGAUGAAAUACGUGGAAAGCGUCAUCUUGCUUUGGAUUGGAUUGGAUGGAUGGGGUUGCAGUUCAAUGGAAAGCAGGCGUUGGAAGGGAUUAACAAGGCCUCGUGCACUGCGAUCUGCGAUAACGAAACUCACCGGACUACCUGCGUCAAUGACAACGAGCUGACUAUUCAAGGGUUCAAGAUGUGCUCCGGCUGCCAUUCGGUAUGCUACUGCAGCCGCACCUGCCAGAAAGAAGAUUGGAAGAGGCGGCAUCGGAACGAGUGUUCAGACAUGCGUAUCAGCUAUCUGGACCGACGAAAAAGGAAGAUACACUAUACACCUACAGAUCGGCUUUAUCAAAUCAUACUCCUCGAAGAGAUCUAUGACACUGAAGCAGAGGAGGCCGCGAAAAUGACGGCAAAGGCUUAUCCUGGAUUUCACCCCCGCGAGUUGAUCAGUUUCAGGAACUGCACCGGGGGACAAGCCGGUGCUGGUCACGCGUGGAUACCAACUCCAAUCGACAGGUACAUUCGCGACCAAGGGUCUACAUUCGUCGAUGAUUGUAUUCAUACCAAAAAGCGAGUGGAUGACUUCAUCGAGGAGCAUAGGAAGGAGAGAAAGGAGAAGAGAGGGUUGAUGGAGACAGCCUUUACUUGGGAUCUAGAUACGUUUGUCUGUCUCUUCACGGAGCACGAACUUGACGAGAAGAGUGGGAAGUGGAAAAUCAUACGAAGCUUAGUUCGAUACGGGGGGCAGGAAAUUCCAGAAUCCCAAAAGUGGAGAUAUAAUCGUACUUUUUGA